AUGAGUUUAUCAAGUAAUAAAGUAGAUGAAAAACAUAUGGCAAUUUCAAUUAAAAAAAAAAUAGAAUCUUUUGUAUUUUUACUUAUGUUAUGUUUGUGGGCACGAGUAUUGAGCCCUUUGCAUGGUAUCUCUAAACUUUUGCAGAAGCAAGACAUUGACCUCCAGAAAGCAUUAGAUAGAUUGACUGAUGCCUAUACAUGUAUGCAGCAACUAAGGAAUGACUAUUGUAGUGUAGUUGAAAAUGCAAGCAACCUGGCAAUUAAAUGGGGUAUUCCAACUGAUGACAAAGUGGCUCACCAAAAAAAAGCAAGAUUGUUUUUUGAUGUAAUAGAUGGCGACAGACGGUUGAAUAUCACAUACGAUAAUUUUAAAAUAAAAGUAUUUUUACCAAUUUUUGACACAAUAAUAUGUCAACAUAAAGAUCGCUUUAAAGGUUUACAUAACGUUUGUACCAUUUUCAAUUUUUUGAAACCUCAAACACUAUUAGGACCAGAUGAAAUUACUAUUAAAGGAUCAUAUGACUUUAUACAAAUGUAUCAAACAGAUAUAAGUUCUGAUUUAACGAGUCAACUGCUAUCAAUCAAAGAAAUUAUAAAUAAUAAAAAUUUGAAUAGUUUCCAAGCACUGGCUUCAUUUAUUCUCGAAAACGAUUUUGCCACGAGUUACUCUGAUAUAUUAGGAGCAUGUAUAAUUUAUUUGACAUUGCCAGUAACGGUUGCAACAGCAGAAAGGUCUUUUUCAAAACUUAAGAUAAUAAAAAGCUAUUUAAGAAAUUCAAUUGGACAAGAACGACUGUCCAAUAUUUCAAUUUUAAAUAUUGAACAGCUUCGUACAAAAGAAAUUGAUAUGGACAAAAUAUUAACAAAUUUUUCAAAUAUGAAAGCAAUAAAAAUGAAAUUUGAUUAA